GUUCACUCUCUGCCUUGACAAACUUCUGACGGGCAAUCUUUUCUUCUCUAUCUCUCGCUCUCUUUCUCUCUCGUUGUUUAUUCAUUCGUAACGUACGUCGUGUUAUUUCUCCGGGUAUAUUUCUGAAAGGACGACAUGGCAGAGAAGCCGCAGGCAGAGAAGCCGCAGGCAGAGAAGCCGCAGGACUCCAUUGAGCAGCGGCACGUGGAGGCGACGCUGGCGAAGGACAAGGGCCCCGACGCCCGCCUCCUGUCCUGGGCCGUCAAGGACUUCACACAGAAGGGCGACAACAUGGCCACCUGCGUCACGAGCGUUGAAGUGACGUACUCGCUGGACGCCAAGGACUGCCACGUGUCCUACGUCGUCAAACUCAAUCCGCAACGAAACGUGGAAGCGAUGGGCGACAUGAUAAGCGACAUCAUGGAGAAGGAGAUCAAUUUCUACACGGACAUUUUGCCGGAUCUGAAUUCCGCUUUGGAGCUGGUGGGCCUGAGCAGACUGAGUGUCCCCACUUUCCACUUCGCGGAGAGAAACGUCGGCAGGGAAAUGAUCUUCUUCGAGGACCUUCGCGCCCGGGGGUUCAAGAUGGCCGACCGGAAGCUGGGUCUGGACGCCGCGCAUGUGUACCUGGUCCUCAAGGAGCUGGCAAGGCUACACGCAGCUUCGGAUAUCCUAAAGAGAAGGUACGGAGAUCCGACUGACCGACACCCGCUCCUCAAGAAAGACUGGAUAAGUAGUUCGGGAGACGAUCGAAAAUUUAUGCAGAUGAUAAUGGCAAACAAUAUGGAUGGAGCAGUGAAGCUACUAAGCAUUAUCAAAGGCUAUGAUAACAUCCUGCAAUGGACCAUUCGGAACCAGCAGAAUAACCUAGACAUAUUCGAAGACCAAUUAGCAGCGAAACCUCCAUUUCAAGUCAUUUGUCACGGAGACUGUUGGAACAAUAACUUUAUGUUUAGGUAUGACGACUCGGGAGCGCCCCUGGAGGUGAUGCUGCUCGACCUGCAAGUGACCCGCUUUGCCUCGCUCGCCUCUGACCUCAACUACUUCUGCUUCUCGAGCGUAAACGGUUCGCUUAUCAGCAGCAGCGUGCAGGACUUCCUCGCGGCCUACCACGCGUCCUUCAGCCAAGUGACGGAGGCAGCCGGUCACCGCGUCCCGUUCAGCCUCGAGGACCUUAGACAGGAGUUCCGAGACAAGCAUAUUUUCGGCUUGUUGAUCAGCCUCAUGACCAUCCCUUUUAUCGUCAUGAAUUCGGACGAUGUCCCCGAAGCCGACGCAUUCUUCACUGUUGAAGGUAAUAAGGAAUUUCAGCAGAAGAUCGUGGACUCUCUGGACUCCAACCCCUUGCUGCGACCGCGUUUCUUGUCCGCCCUCGACUACAUGACCGAAGCGGGUGUCAUUGACUAGGUUCUGCAGGAAGGCCCGGAGUUACAGGGAAGCUCACUACGGGCUCCGUGUAAUGGGUCUUCUUAUUAUUAUUCAUGUUGUAAAUGAAGUAACUCGCAUGAACCGUUAUAAUCGGUCAUAAGUCUCAGGGCUACUAAACACAUCUCUCCAGUCUUUGAAAACUGUUGGGAUGAAAUUUUCUUUCCUUAGAUAGCAACGUAUACAAAGGCUUCCAGUAAAAUAGUGUAUCCCAUUCGUACUUUGUACUUUUGUAAACGUUUUGAGAAAAUUGAUUAGUAUAAAAUUAGUUAUUGAGA